UUAGUACAUAUCCGCUAAGCAAAUGUUUAUUCAUACCAAACUAAAUAAAUGCUUUGAGCUUUUCCUUUGCUUGAUUACGAGCUAAGUAAAUGCCACCGAAGUAAUUGCUAAUCCUUAUUCUUACCACUACUUAUCUCAUAAUCUCUUAUUCCACCAACAGAUGCCAGACUUGCGAUAUCUUGACUGUCGUGUGGAUUUCUCGGUCAAAACGUUCGGCGCCGUGGUAGCACUUUGCAAAGACCUCGGCAUUCGGCAUCCGGAAGAGCUUUCCCUGUGCAAACCAUUAGAGGCCGCCCACCUAAAAAAAAAUUACGCAGAUUUUCCAAAAAAGAAAGUGACAAUCGAGCAAAAUGGUAAUGGACGAGGAGAAUUGUUUCGCCCUGCCUCGGACACCAACACGUUUAUACCGACGAUGUCAACCAGCUUCCACGGAAGCAACGGCAGCCUAGACGGGCCGACCAACGGAGGACCAUUCUCCUGUGCACCAGUUCAGCAUUCGCACUAUAACGCAAGCAGACCAACGUUACAAAGCACACCCAUCAGUUCACCAACCGGGACUUUAAGGCACAAUUAUGCUAACGGUCACACCUCAUUCAACGAAUCAUCAUCCAGCCUAGGUGAUGCCUUCGAUAAUCUGGCAUACAGCCCGUGUGCUCCCAGCCCAGAGGCACGUUCGCGAUUGGUCAAACCGAAAACGCUCGUUGAACGUGCUAGAAUGAAUGUCGGUUGGUUGGAUUCGUCAUUGUCGAUUAUGGAGCAGGGCAUACGAGAGUUCGACACGUUACGUCUGCGUUUCAAGUAUUACACGUUCUUUGAUCUAAACCCGAAGUACGAUCAAGUGCGGAUAAAUCAACUUUAUGAACAGGCCAAAUGGCAGUUGCUGAAUGAAGAAAUGGAAUGCACCGAAGAGGAAAUGCUCAUGUUUGGAGCGCUUCAGUUUCAGGUCAAUUUACAGAACGAAGUACCUCAACCCGAUUCAGGCAUUGACACCUCCAGUUUAGAGAAUGCUGCAGAUGAUGAUGUCGAUGCAGCAUUGCGCGAGCUACAGAUAACUCUAGAAGGUCCAAACAGUUGUAACAAUGGAGGGGACAUUACACAUAUACCAGAACUUACAGAUUAUUUAAGAUUUUUAAGACCGAAGAAAUUUACCCUGAAAGGGUACAGAAGGUAUUGGUUUACAUAUAAAGAUCUACAUCUGCAUUUAUACAAAAGUCGCGACGAUUCGCGGUCCGGCAAUUCACCGCAGGUUUUAAUAAAUCUUCGCGGUUGCGAAGUGACUCCCGAAGUAAAUUUGGCGCAGAAUAAGUACAACAUCAAAUUGGAAGUGCCAUUGGAACAGAACGCGAACAGUGAAAUGUGGAUCCGUUGCGAUAACGAGGAUCAGUACGCCAAGUGGAUGGCUGCAUGCCGAUUAGCGUCAAAAGGCCGAUCACUGGCUGAUAGCUCUUAUGACAGUGAAGUAUCCAGUAUUAAGUCGUUCCUUAGUAUGCAGAAACCGGCACAGGCUCCAGCAGUCACCAUCAAUCCAAACAACAUCGAACCAGCCGAAUAUUUGUCACCGCGGUAUAUCAAAAAGCUUAAAAACAAAGCAGUGAUGCGAAUGUUAGAAGCGCAUGCUAAUGUUAAGGAUCUCUCGUUGGUCGAAGCCAAAAUGAGCUAUAUUCGGGCAUGGCAGAGUUUGCCUGAGUUUGGUGUUACACUUUUUGUAAUCAAGUUCGACGGCCACAAAAAGGAAGAAUUGCUUGGUGUGGCCAGCAAUCGAAUUAUGAAGAUGGACAUCAACACUGGCGAUCACUUGAAAACCUGGCGAUACAACACGAUGAAGGCGUGGAACGUAAACUGGGAAAUAAAGUGUAUGAUGGUCCAGUUCCAGGGCGAGAGUAUUAUCUUCUCAUCGCUGUCGGCCGAUUGCAAGGUGAUUCACGAAUUCAUCGGAGGCUACAUUUUUAUGUCAAUGCGCUCAAAGGAAACUAAUCAAUCGCUCAAUGAAGAACUGUUCCACAAACUUACCGGCGGCUGGAAUUGAGAAGCGUUUGUGUUUGACAAAUUUGUUUCAUUUUCUCAUGAGUACGGAUCGAACCGCGUACCGCGAUUUUCUGUUCUUAACUGUAGAUAACAACACCACAACAGACCGAAAAAGGUAUGGACCCCAAAAUUUCUGUCAGCUCUUGUGCAGUGCGGUGCAAUGAAUAUCAGAGUGCUGACAAGCGAUUCGAAACAACAAGCUACUUUUUAAAAGCCUCUUGAGACAAGUCAAAACUCCCCAUAAAACGAAGCGCACAUCGUGCUAUGAAGUUAUAAAAUAUGUCUAAAGGUACACAGUAAAUGAAAAUUACCGAGUUCGGUAAUUUUUUUACCGAAAUCCUAACAUGUGUAAAUCGUUAAACUGUUCGGUAAUUUUUUCGGUAAAAAGUAUACGAACAUCGGUAAAUGAAGAAUCGAUUUACCGAUAUUCGUUUAUUUUUUACCGAAAAAAUUACCGAACAGUUUAACGAUUUACACAUGUUAGGAUUUCGGUAAAAAAAUUACCGAACUCGGUAAUUUUUGUUUACUGUGUAUACGUUAUUUACCCACUACAAUAUGCCAAAAGUGUCUUCUGAGCUUAAUCCAAAACGUAAAACCAUACUAAAUUAUACGCUUUGAAGCAAUUUGUAAGAAAUAAUUUUAUCCCUACACAGUAAAUGAAAAUUACCGAGUUCGGUAAUUUUUUUACCGAAAUCCUAACAUGUGUAAAUCGUUAAACUGUUCGGUAAUUUUUUCGGUAAAAAGUAUACGAACAUCGGUAAAUGAAGAAUCGAUUUACCGAUAUUCGUUUAUUUUUUACCGAAAAAAUUACCGAACAGUUUAACGAUUUACACAUGUUAGGAUUUCGGUAAAAAAAUUACCGAACUCGGUAAUUUUUGUUUACUGUGUAUACGUUAUUUACCCACUACAAUAUGCCAAAAGUGUCUUCUGAGCUUAAUCCAAAACGUAAAACCAUACUAAAUUAUACGCUUUGAAGCAAUUUGUAAGAAAUAAUUUUAUCCCUACACAGUAAACGAAAAUUACCGAGUUCGGUAAUUUUUUUACCGAAAUCCUAACAUGUGUAAAUCGUUAAACUGUUCGGUAAUUUUUUCGGUAAAAAAUAAACGAACAUCGGUAAAUGAAGAAUCGAUUUACCGAUGUUCGUUUCUUUUUACCGAAAAAAUUACCGAACAGUUUAACGAUUUACACAUGUUAGGAUUUCGGUAAAAAAAUUACCGAACUCGGUAAUUUUCGUUUACUGUGUAUGGUUUAAUGCAUAUGUCUUCAAAAGCUGCAAUGUUAACAUUCAUAUUUAUUAAGUAAACAAUAAUUGUGUAAACUACUUCUGCUAUUUAACCCUAUUCCACACUAGGCAGCAUGAACUGCGAUUUUUGUUAUGAGACGAACUUUGUUGUCUGUUGUUGUUGUUGGAAAUCUGAGACGGUCUCAGUGUCUCCCGAAGAAAAUGGGAGACGCUGAGACCGUCUCGAGACGAGCCGUCUCCUAGUGUGGACUAGGCUUUAUGAUUGUUUAAAGUAGAUCGUUUUUCGUGUUAAUAUUUGCUUUGCUAACGGUUUUACUGAAACCGAAAAAAAGUUAUAAAUUAACAAACAUAAAAGCAAUAAUAAAUCAAAUCAAAUGUUGGUUGCUGAUAAAUUUAAAUAUAAAUUAACCUUUUUCUGUAACAAAUUUUGUACGAAACAUAUUGAAAUAAAUGUAGGUACUUCUAA